UAGACUGUUGUUGGUGAUCUAAAAUUUUUAUCUUGAAUCUUUAUAUCCAUUUGUAUAAAGCUUAGGGCUAUAGUUUGAGUUUAGGGGUUAGGUUAUAUACUUUACGAAAUUUAUAUUUUGGGUUUGAAGUUGUAUAAUUUUGCAUUGGAGAUUAGGGUUUAGGAUGGAAACACAAAGAAGGGCUAAAAAGGGGAAAGCGGCAGCUUAACUUAAUAGCUCGAUUUCUUGUUCCUGAGCUGAAUGUAUGCUCAGCCCCUGAUACAUCGCUAUUUUUUAAUCCUUGUGUCCGGGGAUAAUGAGUCGGUUGACUCUUAGAGUAUAGCCUCUCUAGGGGUUGGCGAUUAGAGUACACCGGCCGGUCUGGUAGCGGGCAAACUAAGGAUUUCGUGCUUGCAAGGAAGUGUGCAAGUGGGUGAAUGUAUCACCAGUUAUUUUGUCAAGGUUUAUAGCAUUUCUAGAUAUAAUAAGAGGUUGCUUGGAUGGUAACUAUUUUUCACCUCCAAUCCUGAGAUUGUGAGUUCAAGUUAUUGAGAGAGCAAAAUAGUGGGAGCUCCUAUGGAGGAGUAAAAAAAGAGCAUUUAUCUUCACAUGUUUUUCUGGAACAGCAAAGUAGAGAGAGGAUGAGUUAGAAAUAACAAUUUUUGCUUUAUUUUUUUGGUAACCUCUUCUUUUUUGGUUGCAAGAAAGCAAAUUUGCCUACUUUCUUAGAAAAAGGUUAGUAGUAUAGGCUGCUUCAGUUCUUGGAUACUUAAAUCUUGAUUGCUAAAUGGCGCAAAGUUGAGCUGAAAUGACCGAGGAUCUUUUGGAAAUAGCCUCUCUACCUUAUCAAAGGUAGGGGUAAGGUCCGUGAAUACUCUAUCCUCCUCAAACCUUACUUGUGGAAUUACAUUUAAAAUUAACAGGACAGAAGAUGGGGAUUCUGAUUAAUGGGACUUCUUCCAUUUGUUUAGAUGUGGCUCCAGUUUUCAUUUCUAAACUAGAAAUAUGCAUUCCUAAGUUCUCACCUGCUCUGUUGUAAUGCUUCAAUCAUCUCUAGAUGUUACUUUGAUGUGUAUACUAUAAAUCUUAGCCAAGAGAAGUCAAUCUAAUCUGCUUCUGUUGGAGACGUAUACAUUAAUUAACCGUGAUUAAAUGAGAGAAGUUUACAUCAUGCAUCUAUUUGUUUGGUCACUGGUGUAAACGCCCCGUGUGGAUCCAGUGCAUUGAGUUCUUCCAAAAGUUUGGCUUGAAGAGAAAUUCCUCACAUCUACACUAGGUUCCUAUUCAUAAUGGGACUCUCACCAUAUACGACUCCAGCAGAUGCAGGAGUGUUCUGUGUGAUUCUGGUUAAUACAGCCAUAUCCAUCUCUAUUGUCAAGGGAAUGGUUCGAUCUAUCCUUCAUGUGAUUGGCAUCAACUUUGCAUCAUGGGAAGAAUAUUCUAUUGAAGGCCCUUUGGACCCAUUUGAGUGUCGUGGGAGCCCCUCGGGAUCAUUCAUGGAGGAGUUCCGAAGCAGAACCCCUGCUGUUCGUUACGAUUCAUUGUGUGUAUCUAAUCACCCUACACAAGAAUGCGCGGUAUGUCUGGCAGAGUUCAAACAUGACGAGGAGAUAAACUGCCUCUCAUGUGGCCACGUUUUUCAUAAGCUGUGUCUCGAGAAAUGGCUAAAGAAUUGGAAUGUCACCUGCCCUCUCUGCAGGAAUUACAUUAUGCCUAAAGAAGGUGAGGAAGAUACUUGUCCAAUGUGAAUUUUGUAGUUUGUCAGGCUACUCCUGUUUGAUAUGUUCUGAUGUACAGCUUAGUUGGGUAAAAAUUUAUUGAUGACUGCCUGAUCUUUGACACUGCAUAAUUCUGUAACCUUUUAUACUGUAAUACUUUGCGUCCUAUCACAGUGACGGGUCUCUUUGUUGCGACCAACAAUUCAUACAUUGUUGUACAUAUGUUACAAAAUUGCCAGUUCCUGAUGUUUCUCAUCUUCUGGCUUAGCUAGCAACCUUAUAAGGGAACAUUCUAAUGCUUGAUUGAUAUGGUGAAAUGUCGCACAUUCC